AUGGCCGCCCUUGUCCACCAGGAGGUUGGGACAUCGACCCUGAGAGCCUCUGUAGGAAGAAGCGUCACUCUGCCCGACACUGUGAAGGAGGAAGGAUUUCUGUUAUAUGGAGGAAAGAUUUUAGCUCAGGUGGACGAGAAGAAACUGUUUAAGAUUUAUGGAGACAAUUACAAGGAGAGACUUCACUGGAACCAGAACACAGGACGUUUUACUCUCACCAGGCUGCAGAAGUAUGACUCUGGGAUCUAUGCAGUUGACUCGAAGAAAGGAAGAGUCGUUUUUGUAGAUUAUAAACUGAUCGUGUACGACUCUGUACAGACUCCUAAUGUCAGCAUAUUGAACAGAAGCUCUGAGAGCUGCUCUCUGAGCUGCUCUGUGGACUCAGCUCAGGAGGACACCACACUCCUGUGGUCCAAAGACCAGGAGAUCCUGAAGAAGAAGCGCUCUGCUGCUUCUCUGUCUCUGACUUUAUUCUACUGGCAGGACCUGGACUCUCCUCUUCAAUGUGUGGCUGAAAACUCUGCAGAGAAUAAAACAGUGUCAGUUGAAGUGAGGACAGUCUGUCCACUGAAACAGAGAGGGAACCCCAACAGCUCCACAGACUCCAGGCAUCAUCUGAUCCUCAUCAUUCUCAUCCCCAUGGUGUGUAGUAUCAUCUUCAUCCUCUGUGUUUCUGCCGUCUGGAGGUUUAGUCGUCAGCAGGAUUCAUCAGCAGGACAGACAGAGAACAACUUACAGGAACCAUCAGAAUAUGGAAACCCCAUCCUGACCUCUGUCUGCUACAAGCCGGCGUUCAACUCUCUGCAGAACAUGAACCUGCAGCUGAAGACAGAGAAGCACAGACAGAGCUGAGUGUUCUGAUCAGCAGCAGGAAAUCAGUCAUGUUUAACGACGGUGGAUCACAGCGGUCCAGUGGUUUCAGUCGUUCUGACUGCUGCCAUUAAUGUUUGUCAGAGCUGCAGUCAGUAAAACAACAUUGAACUUGUGUUGUUAAUCCUUGUGAGACCAGUUUUAUGUGGUUUCAUUCAACUUUCCUCGGUUUACCAACAGCUUGAAAACACCUUUACUUCCUGUAUGUCACCGGUCAGAGGAGCGACGGAGGAAAUGGUGUCAGCAUCUGGCCUCUGAAGAGGAUCAACACUGACUGCUGUUGACAUUGCUGCACCCUGUGAGACUUCCAGUCCUCCAUGAAACCCACCUUUCAUCAUCUCUCCAAUUCAUUGUUCACUUUUUUCUUUUUUUCUUGCAUUACUAUGCUAAUUACUUUCAUAUUCCAUCCUUUAAAACUCCAAAUCAAGAACAAAAAAUUGCUUUUCAUUAAAAAAAUAAAUCACAUUAGAAUAACAAUAUCAGAUGGACGGGUGAUGAUUUCACUUCCGUUUCAUAAUAACUAAUAUUUUAUUCAACACACAUCAUCACCAUGAUGUUUAUUGAUGAGACUUAAUAGUAUCCUUGUAAAAGUGGGAACAGAUUGUUGUGAAUCUGAUCUGCAGAGACAGAGAGGAGAAAAAAUGAAUUUGUUUGUGUGUGUCUUCCAUUUGAAGCAGAGCAUUCAUCCAUCUGUCAAAAAAAAGUUAAAAAUGUAAUCUUAUGUCUGUUGUGGCUUUUUCAUUUGUUUGUCCUUAUGUAGGUUUAGCAAACACUGUUCAUGUUAACCUGGUUAUUGAACUGGUUACUGCACCUAAUCAGUUUGGUUUUAAGCAGGGCCAUGGCACUGACAUGUGCAUUUUUGCACUUAAAGAAAUCAUGGAUAAGUAUAAUGCACAGAAUUCAACUUGUUUUUUUUUUUUUGUGUGUGCCUCUAAAGCAUUUGAUAGAAUUAAUCAUAGUAAACUUUUUGAUAAGCUGUCUGUUCGUGGUGUUCCCGGUUAUCUGAUCAGAAUACUUGCUUACUGGUAUUCCUCACAGUUAAUGCAGGUGAAAUGGGACGAUUCCUUCUCUGACUCCUUCGGAGUCACCAAUGGAGUUCGUCAGGGGGGAAUUCUGUCCCCAUUGCUUUUUAAUAUCUACAUUGAUGACCUGUCUGUACAGCUUAACAUGUGUAACGCUGGAUAUAUUGUGGGAAAUUAUCUGUGUAAUCAUUUAAUGUAUGCAUAUGAUUUGGUGCUUGUGUGCCCAUAUAGUGCUGACCUACAGAGGCUUCUGAAUAUAUGCUCGCAAUGUGGAAUAGAAUAUGAUAUUAUGUACAACUCUAAGAAAAGUUAUGUGAUGAUUGUAAGAACUAAAGAGGAUCAGAGACUGGCAUUUCCUGAUUUCUUUUUAAGUGGUUGCAUCCUUGAAGUCACUGCAGAAACAAAAUAUCUUGGCCAUUAUAUCACAAAUGACCUCACAGAUGACAGAGACAUGUAUAGACAGCAGUGUAAACUGUAUGGACAGGCAAACAUGGUGGCACGUAAAUUCCACAUGUGCUCAGCCAAUGUUAAAGUUGCUCUCUUCAGGUCAUUCUGCUCUCCUUUGUACACUGCACAUCUCUGGCGCAGGUAGAAGAAGAGGAGUCUGCAAAAACUGUCGCCUACAAUGACUCUGUGAGAAUAAUAAUGAGAGUCCCAAGACACUCUAGUGCAAGUGAAAUGUUUGUUAAUUGUGGUGUGAGAGCCUGUGCAGCUGUAAUUCGAUGUUGCAUUUACUCUUUCAUGUGCAGAAUCACAGAACUGUGAAACUGUAUAAUCCAAGCCCUGGUAUCACUUUAUAGCUCUAUGAGGUUCACGUCUGUAAUGUGCAAACAUUGGCGAUCCUGUUUAUAUGUAUAAUAUGGUGUGAAUACUUUUUUUUCUUGUAUUCUUUUUAGCAUAGUUUUCUCUUUUAACUAAUCUCUAUGGACUAUUCUGUAUGUCCUUAAUAAAGUUUUUGAAAGUUUUUGAACUGUUCUUGGUUCAGGAUGUGGUUUAUCUCUCUGUGGUAACUUCAGCUGGAACAAUGUUGAUUUGAUUUGAUUCAGUGUUUCUCUGUCAAAGAUAACAGUGGAAGAAGUUGAACCCAGAGAG